UGGUGAUCUCAGUUUUUCAGUGUUUGCCUUGGCUUGUGUUUUCUUCUCUCCUCUUCUCCCGCGAUCUAUUCAUCCGAUCAGAGCAGCAACAGCAACGCGCGAUUCUCAUCUCCCCGACCACUACGCGUACUUGUCACUCUCUCGGCAUCCUAUAGCAUCAUUUGUCAUUGAAUAAACAUGGAUCAACAUGACGUGGACUCCGCUGACAAAAGCGUUUUCAUGAGCGUUGCUGGGAACGCUCCGGUGCAAUACAUGCACCACGGGUCAUAUGCUUCACAUGAAUGUACUUCACAGGGAUAUCCUCCGCAGGGUUAUCCACCAGCUGGGUACCCUCCGUCGGGUGGAAUCUCGAACCUUGCUGGGUACACUAUGGAGCAAUGCAUGCAGCGCGGGUCAUAUCCUCCACAUGGAUAUCCUCCGCAGGGGUAUCUACCAGCUGGGUAUCCUCCGCCGGGUGGAUUCUCGAGCCUUGUUGGGUACACUGCGGAGCAAUGCAUGCAACGCGGGUCAUAUCCUCCACAAGGAUAUCCCCCGCAGGGGUAUCCACCAACUGGGAAUCCUCCGCGGGGUGGAUUCUCGAGCCUUGUUGGGCACACUGCGGGGCAAUGCAUGCAACGCUGGUCAUAUCCUCCACAUGGAUAUCCUCCGCAGGGGUAUCCACCAGCUGGGAAUCCUCCGCUGGGUGGAUUCUGGAGCCUUGCUGGGUACACUGCGGCGCAAUGCAUGCAACGCGGGUCAUAUCCUCCACAUGGAUGUCCUCCGCAGGGGUAUUUACCAGCUGGGUAUCCUCCGCCGGGCGUAUACCAUCCUGCCGGUUAUCCUCCUUCACCUGCAGCUUAUCCACCACCUGGGGGACAUACACCAGGUCCUUAUCCCUGUCCUCCAGGUCCAUAUUAAUCAGGGCAUAGUCCUGGUAUGGGAACGAUGGUGGCUGGGGGUUUCACUGUUGCUUAUGGGGCACACCACAUGUCGCAAAAGUUCUGAGGGCAUCAAGAUAUACAGUUUUAUGGAUGAAUUUGUGUAAAGUGUAUUCGGUUUUCUUGAUAAAAGGAAACAAGUAAAGAACUGUUUUUGUUCGUAUGUCCAUUUAAGUUGUAAUCUUGACCAAUCUUGACCUAAUGCUCCCCCUUUUCUUACCAACUUUAGGAUAAGUUUUGCCAACCUUGACCAAUAUUAUAUAUGUAUAUUGUAUAAGAAUAUGAUGUGAUGUAACCGACUUA